AUGUCCGCACCUGGCAGCCGUCGCCAGACCAUGGAGGGCGCAGCACUUCUGACCGGCGCUCAGCCGGGUUCUCAGGCCGUCUCUCAAGCCGGCUCUCGUGCCGUUUCCCCCUCGCACGCCCAACCCCAGAAGGCCCGCAGCGGUCAGCGUGAGUUGACCGUGGCUGAGCGCAUCGGCAAGCGCGUCGAUCUGCCCAUUGAGGCCUACACGAUGGUGAGAUCUGGUCUCGACCACUUCAAAGUUCAAACAGCUUACGAGACGCAGACAAGCAAGUCGGAGACGGUCUUCGCUCGCCGACCCGGCUACAAUAACGACCCGUCCGCCAAGAACAUCCAGGUUCAGCUGAACGUCUUUCCUGUUAUGCACUGGCCGCGGAAGGACGUCAAGCAGUACGACUUUGACUUCAAGACAGCAGACCGUGUUGACCGCAACACUGCCAAGCUGCUCUGGAACUGUGAGGCAAUCAAGGCCUUCCGAAAGCAGUGCGGAGGCCAGUGGCUCUUUGACGGCACCAAGCUGGCAUGGUCCUCUGAGGAGAUCCCUCAUAAGGAGGCACGGUUCGAGGUCGACCUUGACCAGGAGCAGAACCGCCAGCCUGGUCGCAAGCCUAUGAAGUUCCGAGUCCGCAUCUUGGAGACCAAGACCAUUCGCAUGGAGUAUCUCAAGGCGUACGUCGACCAGAAGGUCGCCUUCGACAACACAGUCCUCGAAUGCAUGAACUUUCUCGACCAUGCCUUGAGACAGACGCCUUCCGAGACGUUCCUGCUCAUCAAACGCCAGUUUUACUCGACCACGGGUAACAAGUUCCGCCUUGGAAAUUACCUCGAGGUCAUGAAGGGAACCUACUCUGCUUUUCGUCUCUGCAAUUCUAUCCCAGCUGGUGGCACUGGCUUGGGCCUAAACGUGGACAUCACAAACACUGCUUUCAUUGGCGAGUUGUCCUUGCUGGAGCUCAUACAGCGGAUGAUCAAUUCACACAAGCGCGACUGGAGCACCAUGGAUCUGAAUACAAUGGUCAGAGCGCUGAAGCCUACCCAGGAAAACAACGGCAGCUUGGGUCCUUCAGAGCCCUUUGCACUCAUGCGUCGACUCCAAAGAGUCAAAGUCUCGGUGAGGCAUCGGGGUAGCCAGGAGAACCCCCCACUCAUGACAAUCAAGCGUCUCGUCUUCAAUGAGCGCAAUGGGCCUGAAGGGUCUCACUCAAAGAAUUGCACCUUCAAACUCAACAGUCCCGACGGUCAAUCGCGGAAUAUCUCCGUGUACGACUACUUUCUUGAGAAGUACAAACUCCGCCUCCGCUGGCCAUUCCUGCCCCUCAUCGAGACCAUGAAGGGCGAGAUGGUUCCCAUCGAGUGCUGCUGGGUGGCGCCCAAUCAACGCUAUGCCCCAAAGCUGGAUCCUGAUCAGACUGCACAGAUGAUCAAGGUCGCCGUGACAAGGCCUGACCGCCGUAAGGCCGACAUCAUGGACGGUGUGCGCCAGCUGAACUGGCCGGCUGAUCCCGUCCUGAAGGCUUUUGACGUUCGAGUGAACCCUGAAAUGGCCAUUACAAAGGCGAAGCUCAUCCAGAACCCGAAGAUUACAUUUGGCAACGCUGCCAUCGACCCCGGCAUGAGUGGUCGUUGGGAUCUGCGCGGAAAGAAGCUGCUGGAGCCGAACAAGGUGCCGCUCACUUCGUGGGGCAUGUUUGCCAUCGGCAAUGCUUGCCAGAAGAACGAGCUGGAGGCUUUCGCGCAGCAGUUUUGCCAGGUCUAUCGUGGCCACGGUGGCAACAUCCAGAAGGCACCGUUUCUGGACGUCAUUCCGUUCUCCCAUGGCAACUACAGUCAAAUCUGCGAGCAUGCUUACAUGUCCACGGGUAAACACAACAAGGCCACACCCCAGAUGAUCUUCUACAUCUUGAGCGACAAGAACCAGCUUGUCUAUAACCGCAUCAAGAAGUCCAUGGACUGCAGAUACGCUGUCGUGUCUCAGUGUCUCCAGGGCCUACAUGUCAAGAAGAAUCAAGCCCAAUACCACAGCAAUGUGUGUAUGAAAGUCAACGCCAAGCUUGGAGGCGUGACUUGCAAGAUCGCUGGUCCUCAACCCACCACUCCGCCCUUUUUCCAGGUGCCAACCAUGAUCAUUGGUGCCGACGUCUCGCACGCGAGCCCAGGCAGCAGCACAGCAUCAAUGGCAGCCAUGACCAUGUCGAUGGACAAGCACGCGACACGUUACACAGCCGCCUGCGAGACCAAUGGGAUCAGGCGCGAGAUCAUUGACCCAGGUCUCAUCCACGGCAAUUUGGCCAAGCUCCUGCGCCUCUGGGUCAAGAACAACGGUUGCAGUCCCAAGCACCUCUAUUAUUUCCGUGAUGGCGUUGCGGACGGUCAAUUCCAGUUCGUCAUUGACCGCGAGGUCAAAGAAAUCAAGCGCAUGUUCAGAAACGAGAAGCUUGCUGAGCCCAUGGUCACGGUGGUCAUUGCCACGAAGCGACAUCACAUCCGCUUCUUCCCAAAGCCCGGAGACAAGAGUUCUGCGGACCGCAACAGCAAUCCUUUGCCCGGCACUGUAGUCGAGCACACCGCAACUCACCCACACCACUAUGACUUCUAUCUUUGCAGCCAUGUGGCCAUCCAGGGAACCGCUCGUCCUGUGCAUUACAUCGUCAUCUACGACGAGGCGAAGGUCGAACCUGGCAAGCUUCAGAAGAUGAUCUACCAGCAAUGCUACCAGUAUUGUCGCAGUACGACUCCAGUGUCCAUCCACCCGGCAGUCUACUACUCACACCUGGCGGCUGAGCGUGCCACGAGCCACGAGAAUCUCGCUUCCAGCCAGCGCGAGAUGAUGUCUGGCAAGGCAGGCUUCCCGAUUGGCAAGACAGAUUCCGAGAUCUAUGGCAGUAACCCUCCGGAGCCUUCGCCUCUACUGCCGAUGUCAAGCGGCGACGCCAAGCCCGAGUCAAUUCAGCACAUCAACACCACCAUGUGGUACAUCUGAGUACUGCGCUUCCUGUGGCUGAGAUGGCUAAGCAAAGCUGUCCCCGUGGACCGGCGGGUGCACUGUCAGUUUGCACAUGGGAACAAGGAUCAGCUAGGGAUGUUUGCGAUUGCUCCUCUUAGUCGGUAGAUAGGAAUCAGGACAUGCCGAUUAACUGCUUCGGCGAUGAGCAGUCUGCAAUUAGCGAGGCUUAGGGGCAUUCGCCGUGGACACCUUUGAGGGCAGGCCGGGCGAUCA